CUAUUAAUGAAUAAACCCUAAGAAAGUAUUCAGGAGUAUAUGAAUAAGUAUGUUAAGCCAAUCUUUGAUGGUCUACUUUGUUAGAUCCUAAAAGUGAGACCAGAUGAUGUUAUAGGUUGGAGCAUUAAUUGGCUUAAGAAAUCAUGUAUGAAAUGUGUGAUUAUUAGAAUCACAAAGUUAGAAAUAAUAUUAGUCAUAUCAAAGUGAUGAAGAGGAGGGGUAACAAGUACCAUUUUACUUAGUAGCAAAAAUAAUAAGUAAACCACAAAAUCGAAUGCUGGCUUCCAUGAAGAAUUUGACAAAAAUGAAAAGUUUAAACAACAUGUCAUUGAAAAAACUAAAGAUUAAAUAGAGAAAAUUAAAAAAAAAAUUUUAAAUUCUUUUCUAUUUAAAGUCUUAGAUGAACAAAAUUUAGAAACUGUUAUUUGUGCAAUGGAAGUGAAGAAGUUUUAGUAACCAUUCUAAUUUAUGAUUAUUUUUUAGAGCUGGAGACAUUGUAAUUCGCCAAGGAGAUGAUGGAAAUGAAUUAUAUGUAAUUGAUGAAGGUGAAUUAGAAUGCACAAAGAAAUUUCCUAAUAAACAUUAAGAAUAAAAACUGAAAACCUAUUUGCCUGGUGAAUGCUUUGGCGAACUUGCUCUAUUGUAUAAUGCUCCUCGUGCUGCUACUAUUAGGGCAACUAAGCCUGUAGUGGCUUUUACUUUAGAUAGGCAAACUUUUGACUUAUAUGUGAAGGAUGUAGCCAUUAGAAAGAGAGAAUAGAUGGAAUAAAUAAUAAAUACAAUCGAUUUGUUAAAAUCUUUAGAUUCAUAUGAGAAAUUACAGUUUUGCGAUGUCUUGGAGGAGAAAAAAUAUAGCAAAGGAGAAAAAGUUAUCAAUUAAGUUUUUAUUUACUAAUAUUUUAAUUUAAUAGGAAGAGUAAGGAGAUACAAUCUACCUAAUUGCUGAAGGAGAACUAGAAGCUUAUAAAGAUGGGUACUAAGAUAAAGUUUAUUCAUAUCAAUCAGGGGAUUAUUUUGGGGAGCUAGCCUUAUUAUAAAACAGUCCACGACAGGCUACUAUUCAAGCAAUAGUACAUAUACCUUUAAUGAUUUCUUUAGACUGAUUGUACUCUCUACUAUUGUGAUUUUAAAUCCUUUACUAGAUUGAUGGGUCCUUUGGAGUAGAUUCUAAGAAGAAAUGUUGCAAGGUAUAAGCAUUAACUUUAAUGA